AUGGCCGCGACAUACAUGUUGAGGUUUCCCCGCUCCGACGCGCAAGGCGAGUACGUUCUGGUCCAGGCCGCGUCUAACGGCUCGCGGCCGUUAGAUCUCACCCUGGUCGGGACGGAUGGGGCGGAACCUUUCGUCUUCUCAUUGCGAUCGGAUCGAAUCUCGAAGUACCGGGAGACGAGCGGUCCCUGCACCGAGGAUGAGUGGCAGCGCAUCUUGACGGCUGUGCUCACAGACCGCGAGGCAGUCGAGGACAUCGAGGUCACUGCCCGAGUGCAGUCCGGGUUUCAGAUUGAGAUCACCUUCAAGAAGAAGAUCGAGCAGUUCUCCCAACGUCUCGGCACGCUCACACUAAAGUUCAACGCAGCCCAGGGGAUCGAGCCCAUAGACUGGUGCAACGAUGCCAUAGCGUCUCGCGAAGACCUCAAGGCCCAGCUCGCCUCUGCUAAUAGCAAAGCAGCUGAGCUCGAGAGCGCCGUGUCUGAGUUGAAGGACCAGCUGGAAGCCCUGGUCAAGGCACGAGGUGGUGACGAGGGAGAAUUGCUCGAGGCUUUUCAGGCUCUCUUGAAUGAGAAGAAAGUCAAGAUCCGUCAGCAGCAGCGUCUUCUUGCAUCUGCAAACGUAGCAACGGAACAGGCUCCCCCCUCCCAACCAGAGUCGGAGCCUGACACAAAGCCAGCGAAGGGGGGAGCAAAGAGUGCAAAGGGGACGAAGAAAUCCGCUCCGGCUCGUGCUGCUGGACCAUCACGGAGAGGCAAGCGCAAGGCGGAUCCGAGUGAGGACGAAGACUCUGAGGAUGGCUUUGAGAAGAUGGACGUGGACACGAAGGAGGACGUCCCGCUGGACGAUGAGCAGAUGACUACGGAAGCAGAGGAGACGGCCAGCGAUACAGAUGAGGACGAGGCGCCACCACCAACCCGCCAAAGGAACAAAAAUGGAGCAGGUCAAGCCAAGGAUGCUGAGGACGACUUUGAAGCCCCGCCGAGUCAAAAUACGAGGCAUAAAGCUGAAGAAAAAGCACCUCCUCCGCCACGGCGUUUGCCAUUCGCGCUCGGCAAGCCAGCGGCUAACAAGCCAAGUGCAAAUUCCGCGGCGGGCGCAGACAGUGAGACUGAAUCCGACGAUGAGCUAUAG